AAACAGAGCGAGCCGAGCCUCUGAUCUGUCACUGGACGUCCCUCUUGCACCUAUCUGGCCCUUCUUCCACCUCAACACCCAUCAGCCAAGAUGGCAAUGAGCAGCAUCCUCAACGCUGAUGACAUCAAGAAAGCUCUAGAUGCAUUUGCAGUCGCUGACUCCUUUGACCAUAAGAAGUUCUUCGAGAUGGUGGGUCUGAAGGCCAAGUCCCCUGAUGACGUGAAGAAGGUCUUCACGGUGCUGGACGCCGACAACAGCGGCUUCAUAGAGGAGGAGGAGCUGAAAUACGUCCUGAAGGGCUUCGCCAAAGAUGGCAGAGACCUGACAGACAAAGAAACCAAAGCAUUUUUAACAGCAGCCGACAAGGACGGAGACGGGAAGAUUGGAGUCGAUGAGUUUGCAAGCCUGGUGAAAGAAUAAAUCGUCACCUAGUGUGACUGACUCGCGCUCCCAAGGUCACCUCCUAACUACCGCUAACUCCUGACACCCACUGCCCCGCCUACCCCUCACCGCCCCGCCCUGACUCCCAGCCCACCAGACUGCAGCCGAUUCCUGCUACACACUCUCCUCUUCCUCACCCCUCGCCCCCAGUGCUGUCCUCACUAAGUGCAAUGCUGCGCUGUAGGAAGUAAGCCGUGGCGUGCCGCCCCCUCACACACACCUCCUCAAAAGUCCCCACAGCUAUAUUCAUCCUAUUUAUUUUAUCCUUUUUAUACAAACUGUUCUUGUUUCUGUUUAUGUAUAGAGAUACAACAUGCCUGCAGGAAUAAACCUCACAUUUUAAAGCAUAAAGUAGAUAUUUACAGAUAUUUAAAGUAAAGAAAGACCCUCAGUUUCCCUCUGUACUCCUGACUUUUCCAUCUGUCUUAUCUCUCCAUUUUCUUUCUUUUCUUGUCACGGCCCCUCAUUCUUUCUUUUCCCCCUUGUUCUCUCUAUUUCUUCUUCUAUCUGUCGAUUUCACUUCUGGCACUUUUCCCUUCCUGCAUUAGCUCCCCUCUGCCCCUCCCACACCAUCACCACCAUCCAUCCAUCUAUCCAUCCCUUUCUCCUCUGGUAAUGAGCUGUUGUAAAACAUACCAAAAGAAGAAAGAGGUCAAGCUGUGAACGAAUCAAAUA